UCACAUGACCUCUCAGGUAUACCCACCUGUCACUUCCCUGAGCACUGUGCUGCGUUCCUCUGACCCUGGCACACAAACAAAGCAGGGAUGGCUGAAACAGGAGUGCCCCCAGUACCCAACCCAGCUACUUUGUCCUACCCUGUAGCCACUGUGAACUUACCCACUGGAUUUGAGGUGCUGAGGACAUACUCAGGAGCAUUUGUCUGCCUGGAAAUUAUAUUUGGUGGACUCGUGUGGAUUUUGAUAGCAGCUUCUAAUGUCCCCGUACCAGUCGUACAAGGAUGGGUGAUGUUUGUGUCGGUAACGGCAUUUUUUUGCUCUCUCGUUUACCUGUGUGUCUUCCUCUGUGGCCUUGUCAAUAGGAUUCACACCAACUGGAACUUUGUGGAUCUGGUUUUCCAUUUUGUUGCAUUUGUCUUUUACUUUGGGGCAUUUCUCCUGGAAGCCGCAGUGACGUCAUUAGCUAAUCUGAUGAGAAAUGAAAACUCCACCAUCAUCAAACUAACCACCAAUAAGAUUGGACUAAAUGUAGCAGCUACGAUAUUUGCGUUCACGGUGACCAUUUGCUAUGGGUGCAGCAUGGUACUGGGAUUUCGAAGGUGGAGACCUUAAAUUAAAACCAAGUCUGGAACGUGAAAUGACAACGGUUGGUAGAAGAAGAUUGAAAAUCUAGAAUGCUCUUAUAGACAGAAUGAACAUAUUUAUAGAUGGACCAAAAACCGGAAUGUAAUACUCAAAGCACUCUGAAGAAAAUCACAGCCUGGAAAUACUCUACCUACCAAGUUUAUGUGUAUUUGACACUAUGAUACAAAAUAAAAUGAGACAUGUACCCUUAAACCAUAUAAAGCUAUGGAAUCUAUAUGGACAUUAUGCCUUUAAAAAAAAAAAAUCUUUUCUUUGGAUGUACUUUUAUAUAUGUUAAUAAAAAAAAUAUUUGGGGAUUA